AUGUCGAUCAAUAUGGGUGUGCUGGUCUCGUACGGUUUUCUGACGACUUUGUGUUCCAGUGGGCUGCCGGGACUCAUUCCCCCGAGCUUUGGCUAUGCCACUGCCUACUUCCUGGCUGCUAUGGCCAUGGUUGUGGCAUUGACCGUUUUCCUGUGCUUUAGCAGUAGCUACAGGUGCCUGGACCGACAUGUGGGCAAUGCCAUUCGCGGAGUGGUUCUGCAUGUAGUUUCAGCAGCAGUGGAGGGCUCAUGGCGGGCCACGGCCAUUUGCAUUGGUUGGCCCUUGUUGCUGCUGGGUUUGUUGCUGAGUGUUUGUAUCUCCUUGAUCCCUGCCUCGGCUGGCUUGGGCCUUUUUGGAGCCCUCAGCGUGCUUGGUGGACUUCUGUUGGCCACCUAUGGCUGUGGGGAGUUGUCGUGGGUUCAAUCCGCUGCUCAGCGAAAUUCCCACGUCACGCGACAGCAGACAGCAGAUUUCCUACGGAUAAUGCCCACCUUGGCAGCGGUGAACUUGGCAUUUAACAGUGUCUACAACUGCAUGGCCUUCUGGUUUCAGGAGCAGGCCUGUUUGAUGGAUGUGCGCUUGGGCCCUCUGCAGCUCAACGGCUCGUUCUUCAACGUGGCCGAUGGCUUGGCUAUCGUCGUCUUUACGCAUCCUUUAAUGAAUCAUUUGAAUCCGUGGUUGGAGCGAAGGUUUGGUCUACGACGUCAUGGCAAGGUGCUUCUGGGCUGUGCUUUGGCGGCGGUGUCCGUCCUUUGGGCUAUCCAGUUGGAGGAGCAGCGCCAACGUGCGCCGUUGCUGGACGAGGUGUCGCUGUGUGCGCCAGAUGGCAUGAAGAUGAGCAGUUUGUCCGCCUGGUGGAUGGUCGGCCCAUAUACUGUCAUGGGCGUGGCAGAAGUCUAUGUGAAUCCAACGCUGUACUACUUGGCAUAUUCGCAAUCUCCGCUGAGGUUGCGUUCAAGUGCACAAGCAUUGGGCCUUCUGAUGAGUGCGACCAGUUCUGCUUUGUUUACGAUCUUAACUGCCAUCCUGGGCGGAAAGGAUUCUGACAGCCUUCAAGUGGGAUACUUCUUGUCUUUGACAAUGAUGAUUCCGUUUAUUUGCUGGUACCUUUGUGUUCAGUCCAGCUGGGAGGAGCGGCAUUUUGAUGAAGAGAGCGAAGCCGAGGUACAGCCAGGCCAGCUCAAUAAGGGCGUGGCCUUCUCGAGGACAGGCAUGCUGCGGGACUUUGCUUCACCACAAAGUAUUGGUGGAAGCCCUGCCAGUUGGGUGGAUCAUAGCCCCUCAGCUGCAGAAUGCUGCAGAGCCGACGAUGUUGUCUAUCAGAUCGUUGAUCCGGAGGACUUCGUUUUACAAGGUUUGCCACCCUGCGGGGGGAUCGUGAGUGAUCACGAAGAUGUGAGAAGUGGCAAAGUGCUGGCUGUAGCCAAACAUCCCACUGACCACCGGAUGGACUAUUGGCUGAAAGUGGAGUAUGGUGACUCCAAAAUUGCCUUUGUUCAUAUGCUGAUGAGUUGUGGAUGGACCUCCAACAAGUUGAUGCUGGACGUCGGCGAUGUCGCCUUCCCUCCAGGCCAACAGGCCACGGAAGGGAGCAGUGUACCAUUGCCAGAUUUGGACCCUGGCAACUACGAUCAGGAGUUUGUGGUCCCAUCUCACCUUGAAGCCAUUGAGACCAAUGCCAAGCUUAAGAGCGUAUUCCCUGAAGCGUCCAGGGGACAGGUGAAGAGCGUUUGGCGUCACAAUGAUCGCUUUUGGUUGGAAGUCACAAGUGAAGGAACUUGCUACGGUGCCCACUUCAUCGAAGCUGAGGAAGGCAGCGAGGUCUACUACUUGACUUGUGCUGUGAAGCUACCAGAAGACGAGGAUUUCCCCCCUGCGCCUCUCACCACGCGCGGCGAAGCCGAGUUUGUGGUCCCAUCUCACCUUGAAGCCAUUGAGACCAAUGCCAAGCUUAAGAGCGUAUUCCCUGAAGCGUCCAGGGGACAGGUGAAGAGCGUUUGGCGUCACAAUGAUCGCUUUUGGUUGGAAGUCACAAGUGAAGGAACUUGCUACGGUGCCCACUUCAUCGAAGCUGAGGAAGGCAGCGAGGUCUACUACUUGACUUGUGCUGUGAAGCUACCAGAAGACGAGGAUUUCCCCCUGAGUGGCCUGGGACCAAUUGCUUCGGACGAGGAUUUGCUGGUCAUCGACACGCCCCUGCCGGUCGAAGAGCCAGCCGCCGAGCCGGCACCCACAGAUGUCGAGGAGGACACAAGCACAUCCAUGGGCGAAAAGCUACGCCAGGCAGUGCUGAGUGGAAGCCAAGAUGAUCUGAAGCGGCUCUUUCAGCAGUGUUCCAAGCUGCCAGCCAAGAAGGCGGCCUUUGAUGAUCUCCUGAAGCCCCAGGAGGCGGUUCAACCAGCAGGAGCACCUGCACAGCCUGCAGACGUGAGCGCCAUGACGAGGCUAGAACCUGCAGUACAGGAGGUCGCAGGCGGUCCCUCGAGCCCGUCAAGGGCAGCCAGCGGCCCUGAAAUGUUCUUCAUCGGCGAUGAUUCCAUGGCCGAAGAUCUCAUUGGCGGCGCUUCUGCACCAUCGGCUCCAUCUUCCCAACCCAGCUAUGCCCAGGCAGCGCCGGCACCCGCGCCCGCGGCCUUGACACCGGAGCUGGUGCAGCAGCUGCAUUCCAAUGGAGUCUCGGCCAACAAUUUGACCCCGCACCAACUGGAGCGGAUGUCGCCUCAGGAGCUGGUUCAGCUGCAGGCGAUGAUCUCCAGUGCCUUGCAGGAUCCACUGCUGAAUCCUUAUGAAAUUCUGCUGAAUCGACAUGACACUUCCGACAGUUCCCCAAAAAAGACAGCGCCACAGAGAUGA